AUGGCCUCCGUAGGAGGGAUUCCAACUGUCAACAUUGUAUGGACUACGAAGCAACACCUAUAUUUCCACCCUCGCGCUGCACGUCUUAUCAUCGGCAGUAAAUGCCGUCCUGCCCAUCAAAUCUUCAACUGGGCCAGAUACCAUCAUGGCGAGAAACACAUAGGAGGCCAUAGGGACAAAUUGCCCUCGCCGCCUACCUCAACGGCCCUGGCUACGCCUGGGAGACAGCGGACAGCGGCAUCUCUCUUCCAGCCAACAAGCCCACCCCUCUCAAGCUUCUCCUCCUCUCCAUGCCAGACUGCGGCACCCCCUUUGUCCAUGCUGUCUAUAUCUUCAAUCACUCGUUCUCUGCUCACAACUGCAAUGUCCUCUUCCCCUGUUCUCCUUAAAGCUGCAAUGAAAGUCCUAUCGUUCAUAGCAGACUCAAAGUCACCCCUAUUGAACCCGGAUCGCAAUUUGAUAUUGAACUAUCUCCUGCGCAAGACCAUUUAUACCCAGUUCUGCGCCGGCGAGAAACCACAUGAAGUCCAACGUUGUAUUGAUGAAAUCAGGAGAGCCGGGUUUUCAGGUGUCAUUCUGGGAUAUGCUAGGGAGGGCGUCCCCGAUGAGAAUGAGACCGCUGCAAUUCUUGAAUUGGAUAGCAAGUGUUCCAAUUCAGCAGAAAGUAAUAAGAAGGUCGCGGAAUAUGAGGUCAGCGCCUGGCGAGAGGGGAACCUUCAUACGAUCGAUCUGGCGGGCGAAGGGGGCUUCGUCAACCUCAAAUUCACAGGAGCAGGAAGCGAAGCAAUAAAAUACCUGCUACGCGGUGUUCCUCCACCACCACUACUCCAUGAAGCCAUCAAUGAAAUUUGUGAAAGAGCAAUGGCUCGGAACGUUCGCUUGUUGAUCGACGCAGAACACCAGGCUGUUCAACCGGCUAUUGAUGCCUGGGCCCUCGAUUUACAACGAAAGUACAACAUUCGAAGCGACAGUACUGCAGGAGAAAGAGCUGUGGUAUACAACACAUACCAGGCAUAUCUCCGAUCAACGCCGAAGACUCUAUCCCAACACAUGGCUAUGGCACAGGACGAAGGGUUCGUCUUGGGCGUGAAACUGGUCCGAGGAGCAUAUUUGGGGGUUGAACCCAGACAUUUCAUCUGGGACCUCAAGGAAGAAACAGAUACGGCUUAUGAUGGCCUGGCUGAUGCAUUAAUAAGGAGAGAGUACAAUGAUGUACUGACUCCAUACGUCUCGACCGCCGCGCCAGAGUCUCCCACCUCACCCCCCGUAACAGAGCCGGAAUCCAUGCCAAAACCGACCUUUCCAGAAGUUGACCUGCUGGUUGCUUCGCAUAAUCGGUACUCGAUCAAGAAGGCACAGGAUAUCAGGAACGAACAAAGCUAUAUAGGUCAGCCACAGAUUGGACUCAUGUAUGGCCAGAUAUAUGGGAUGGCCGAUGAGCUUAGCUGUGAGCUCAUCCACAGAGGCAAGAUCUGCCAUGAGGACGAAAUUGUUGACACUUCCAUGCUAGUGAAACCAAUGGUUUACAAAGCAGUUGUCUGGGGUUCGGUCCGAGAAUGUAUGAGGUAUCUUGUCCGUCGAGGCCAGGAGAACAUGGACGCAGCUUCGAGGACACUGGAUACCAGACGAGCGAUGGCAAAGGAACUAAGAAGGAGGAUAUUUGGAACCCGGUUUUAA